AUGAGUACCACCGAGGUGCUCGACAGGCCUCUGGCCCCAAUGGGCUUCAUUGACCCUGCUGUCUCGCCCAUGAAGGAAAAGGACGACGUCUUCAACCACCCCGCCCAGACCUCCAAUGAAAAGGAAAUCGAGUCAAAGGAGAUCGACUCUGUCGCCGAGAAAGAGGUCGACGAAGACCUCGACGCGGACAAGGAGGCUGAUGGCAAUGCCAGCUUCAUGCAAGAUCCCUUCCGUCCCUUCGAUAACCUCCCGCCGGAGCAGCACCGCGUCCUGACCAUCAGAGCCGUCUUUGUUGGUCUCUGCUGUGGUGCGCUCGUCAACGCUUCGAAUGUCUACCUUGGUCUGAAGACUGGCUGGACAUUUACUGCGAACCUGUUUGGUGCCAUUGUCGGUUUCGCCGUCAUCAAGUUCUUCUCCCGCACCUUCGCUGAGAACUUCCCCAUACUUGGUGGAAACUUUGGUCCGCGUGAGAACAACAUUGUCCAGACUGCUGCCAUGGCUUCUGGUGGUCUCUCCAACGUCUUCGUCUCCGCUCUUCCUGCUCUCUACCAGCUGAAUCUCAUGGGCGACAACCCCAAGGCCGACUACUGGAAGAUUGUCUCUCUGACUGCCGUCGGUGGCUACUUUGGUUUCUUCUUCGCCACCCCUCUCCGUAAAUUCUUCGUCAUCUACGUUGCUCGUGAGCUUCGUCUCAUCUUCCCUACUGCUUCGGCUACUGCCAUGACUAUUCGCUCCAUGCACGAGGCUGUUACCGGCGAGGCUAUCGCGAAGCUGAAGAUGAGGGCGCUCUCUGCUGCCUUUUCGGCUGCGCUGGUGCUCCGUGUCGUUUCCCAGUACGCUAUUGGUAUCCUGUGGGACUGGCACGUCUUCACCUGGUUCUUCAUCUGGGGCAACUACAACAACAGCGCCCUUGCUGCCGAGAACUGGGGCUGGAUCAUCGAGUUCACUCCGGCCUUUAUCGGUUCCGGCAUGCUUGUCGGUCUCAACGUGUCCAUCUCCUUCUUCAUGGGUUCUGUCAUCGCCUGGGGCAUCAUCGGUCCCUCACUCGUCGCCCAGGGCAUGGCCUUUGGUCGCCCGGCUGCGAGCGUCGAGGAUGGCUAUGGUCCGGAGUGGUCUGGCUACAUCUCCUACGCCUCUCUCAGCAAGGCCUUUUCCAACAAGGACACCCCGUCACCCCGCUACUGGCUUCUGUGGCCCGGUGUUCUUCUCAUGAUUGCCGUGUCUUUUACCGAGCUGUUCCUGCAGUACAAGAUCAUCUUCUUUGCCUUCCGCGCCGUCUUCCGUGGGACCUGCCAGGGUAUCUCUGCCGCAGGCCAUGCUCUGGGCAAGAAAAUGCCGUGGUUCGAGAAGCGUGCUGAGCAGGAAGUGAAUGAUUUGGUCGAGGACCCUGCCCCGGUCGAGGAGCAAGUCAAGUGGUGGAUGUGGUCCCCCGGUCUCAUCCUGUCCAUCAUCUGCAUUUGCGUCGUGCUCGGUGUGGAAUUCGACAUGCCCAUCGGCAUGUCGCUCCUCUCCGUCGUGCUCACCUUCUUCUUCUCCUUCCUCGCCAUCCAGUGCACUGGUGUCACCGACAUUACGCCGCUCACUGCUGCCUCCAAGGCCUCGCAGAUUGUGCUCGGUGGCGCUACCAAGGGUGAGGGAUGGGAACAGGCGCACGCCCAGAAGCUCAACUUGCUUGGUGGUGCGAUUGCCAACAUGGGUGCCAACCAGUCCACGGACUUGGUGUGCGACUUCCGGACUGGCUUCUUGCUCCGUACACCGCCCAACCAGCAAUGGAUCGCGCAGGGGGUUGGUACAGUUGUCGCCAUCUUCCUCGCCCCGGCCAUGUUCGUGCUCUUUGCCUCCGCUUACCCAUGCAUCCUCAACACCGAGAUUGAGAUCUGCCCCUUCUCCGUGCCGUCCGUCGCUGCGUGGCGCGCCACCGCCGUCGCCGUCACCGACCCGACCUUCCCGAUCCCCAAGAGCUCCGGCAUCUUCGCCAUUGUGUUUGCCAUCUUCGGCUCCGCCAUGGUCUUUGUGCGCCACUUCCUGUGGGUCGGCAAGUGGGAGUGGAUGCGCGCAUACCACCCCAACAUGAUGUGCAUUGGUCUCGCCUUUGUGCUGCCGCAGACCUACUACGGCACCGCCAUGUGUCUCGGCGCCAUCCCGUCCUACUACUGGGCCAAGAAGAACCCCAAGAGCUUUGACAUUUACGGCUAUGCCAUUGCGGCCGGUCUGAUUGCGGGCGAGGGUAUCGGCGGCGUCAUCAACGCGCUCUUCCAGGUCGUGGGUAUCGCCGGUCCCGAUCCAUACGGCACCCAGAUCGCCUGCCCGGCGCGGAUCUGCUAA